AUGAGCGGGGCCGCGGAGCGGGAGCUGGAGGAGCGGCUGCGGGAGGCAGCGGCGUUGGGGGACGUGGAGGAGGUGCGGCGGCUGCUGGGCGCGGGGGCCGACAUCAACUCCCGCAACGAGAUCAACGGCUGGACCUGCUUGCACUGGGCCUGCAAGCGGAACCAUGCCCAGGUGGUGUCCUGCCUGCUGGCUGCAGGUGCCAACAGGCAGAUCCUCACGGCCCGAGGGGAGCUGGCUGCAGAGCUCACGGUGAAAGCAGACAUCCGAAAGAUGCUGGGAGAGGAAGAAAUGGAAUGUCAAGGAGUGAAGGAUUUGAACUUGCCACUUGUUGUGAACUACUUGUCCCAGCUGCCCUUCCCCUAUGCUCACACUGAAGAGAGCAUCAGGGGCAGCCUGGUAGAGCCCAAGCUGGAGAGCAGCUCCCUCUGCUUUGCUUCCCCAGCUACACAGCCUGACAGCGCUGGCACCCCCACAUCGUGCAGCAGCCCAGAGGAUUUUCCAGCAGUCGCAGCACCCCCCAGCCCUGUUGGCCAGCCCAGCUCACCCCCCAGCCCCUGCCUACACCCUGGCCCCAGCCUGUGCCUACCCCACAGCACCAGCCCGUGCCUGCCAGCAGCAGCCCCGCCGCACCCCAGCAGCUUGCCCUUGGCUCCCGCUGCGGCAUUCCAGCCUCUCUUCUUCACGGGAACGUUCCCAUGUAACAUGCAAGAACUUGUACUUAAGGUGAGAGUCCAGAACCUCAGAGACAGUGACUUCAUUGAGAUUGAGCUGGACAGGCAAGAGCUGACCUAUAGAGAUCUGCUCCGGGUCAGCUGCUGUGAGCUGGGCGUCAAUCCUGAGCAGGUGGAGAAGAUCAGGAAGUUACCCAAUACACUGGUGAGGAAGGACAAGGAUGUGGCCAGGCUGCAGGACUUCCAGGAGCUGGAGCUGGUUCUGCUGAGGAGCACCACAUCCCCCCUGACCGGCAGAGCAUGCUACAGCAGCAGUGCCUCCAGGCUGACCUACUGACUGCCCCUGGG